UGGCUAGAAUGAACUUUUCGUCCGAUAACACUGGGUAGCGGCAUGUCGGCUUGUUCGUAACUUUUGUAGUAACUUUGUCGUUUGUAUUGCGUAGGGAACCACAGUAUAAACAUGGAUGCCGAUCUUUAUGACGAGUUUGGAAAUUAUAUUGGGCCUGACUUGGAAAGCGACUCUGAGGAAGAGGACGAUGAACGAUAUGAUCGUCAAGCAACAGAACAGCAAGAAUUUCAGGAGGAUGAGGACAUGGAUGGAGGCGGAGAUGAUGAAGAUGCGGGCGAUAUGCAAGUUGUACUCCAUGAAGAUAAGAAAUAUUACCCUUCUGCUAUUGAAGUGUACGGUCCUGAUGUUGAAACCAUAGUUCAAGAGGAAGAUGCCCAGCCACUAACAGAGCCAAUCAUCGCUCCUGUAAAAAAACGCAAAUUUGCGCACGUUGAGCAAGAUCUUCCAGAGACAACAUAUGAUUUGGAGUUUCUCACCGACCUGAUGGAUAAUUCGGAACUCAUCAGAAACGUGGCUUUAGUAGGACACUUGCAUCAUGGAAAGACAUCAUUUGUUGACUGUCUAAUAGAGCAGACACACCCUCACAUGCGACCCAAGGAAGGCAAAAGUCUCAGAUACACAGACACGUUAUACACAGAGCAGGAGAGAGGAGUGAGCAUCAAGGCCAGCCCGGUCACAUUGCUGCUUCAAGAUUUGAAGCAGAAAUCCUUCGUUAUCAAUGUCUAUGAUACACCAGGGCAUGUGAACUUCUCUGACGAAGUAACAGCAGCGAUACGUUUGUGUGACGGUGUUGUGCUGUUUAUAGACGCAGCCGAAGGAGUAUGCUUGAACACUGAACAACUCCUGAAGCAUGCUGUGCAGGAAAAACUUGCUAUUUGUAUCUGCAUAAAUAAAAUAGACAGGCUUGUCUUGGAAUUGAAACUACCACCUCAGGAUGCCUACUACAAGCUGAGGAACAUCAUCGAAGAAGUUAAUUCUCUCAUAACGUUGUACUCUGAAGACCCACAGCAACAGCAGGUGUCGCCCCUUCUGGGCAACGUCUGCUUUGCUAGCUCUUUCUACAGCCUCUGCUUCACGCUGCGUUCUUUUGCCGCUAUGUAUGCCCAUACGUACGGCGGUGUCAACGUUGGAGAGUUUGCUCGGCGCCUUUGGGGUGACAUCUAUUUCAACAGCAAAACCCGGAAGUUCACCAAAAAGUCACCCCACAGCUCAGCUCAGCGGAGCUUCGUUGAGUUCAUUCUCGAGCCUUUGUACAAGCUGUUUGCUCAGGUUGUUGGAGACGUUGACGAAGGCCUGCCAAAGUUGCUAGAUGAAUUGGGCAUCAAGCUGUCCAAAACAGAAAUGAAACUGAACGUUCGUCCACUUCUUCGUCUCAUUUGCUCGCGCUUUGUUGGAGAGUUUACAGGGUUCGUGGAUAUGUGUGUCAGUCACAUCCCACCUCCGGCACAUGUCUCGAAACAGAAAAUUGAGUACGUCUACACAGGCCCUUUGGAUUCCGAGUUGGGAGAGGCUAUGCUGAACUGUGAUCCCGAGGGGCCCCUCAUAGUGCAUACCACGAAACAAUACUCUACCCAUGACGCAACAAGCUUUCACGUGUUUGGCCGGGUGAUGAGCGGAACGCUGCACGCUAACCAGGACGUUAGGGUGUUGGGAGAGAAUUACACAUCAACUGACGAAGAAGACUCUCGAGUUCUUUCCUGCGGAAGGCUCUGGGUGUACGAAUCUAGGUACAAAGUUGAAGUGAAUCGUGUGCCGGCUGGCAACUGGGUUCUGAUCGAAGGCAUUGACCAGCCCAUAGUGAAGACCUCCACAAUUGUGGAUGUUGGUGCUCAGGAAGAACUUUUCAUUUUCCACCCGCUGCGAUUCUGCACGCAUUCCGUCAUCAAGAUAGCCGUGGAACCCGUUAAUCCUUCGGAACUGCCGAAGAUGUUAGAUGGUCUUCGCAAGGUUAACAAGUCGUACCCACUUGUUAACACUAAGGUGGAAGAGUCCGGAGAGCAUGUUAUUUUUGGAACAGGUGAACUUUACUUGGACUGUGUCAUGCAUGAUCUUCGAAAGAUGUACUCUGAGAUAGACAUCAAAGUGGCUGAUCCGGUCGUGUGUUUCUGCGAGACUGUGGUUGAAACGUCAUCGCUGAAGUGUUUUGCUGAAACACCAAACAAAAGGAACAAGAUAACAAUGAUCGCAGAGCCUCUGGAGAAAGGCUUAGCGGAAGACAUUGAGAAUGAAGUUGUGCAGAUCUCGUGGAACCGCAAACGUUUGGGCGAGUUCUUCCAGACAAAAUACGAUUGGGAUUUGCUCGCUGCCCGUUCUAUCUGGGCCUUUGGGCCAGAUGCUACUGGACCCAAUAUUCUUGUGGAUGAUACUCUGCCAUCUGAGGUGGACAAAGGUCUGUUGAGUAUGGUGAAAGAUAGCAUAAUCCAAGGAUUCCAGUGGGCAACCCGCGAAGGUCCACUCUGUGAAGAACCUAUAAGGAACUGCAAGUUUAAGAUACUGGAUGCAACCAUUGCCAACGAGCCUAUCCACCGUGGCGGCGGCCAGGUCAUUCCAACUGCACGACGUGUGGCUUACUCAGCUUUCCUCAUGGCCACGCCACGUCUGAUGGAACCGUAUUCUUUUGUGGAGGUGCAAGCACCAGCCGACUGUGUGUCCGCUGUCUACACCGUGCUUGCAAGACGGAGAGGUCAUGUCACCCAGGACGCUCCUGUUCCUGGAUCACCAUUGUACACAAUCAAGGCUUUCCUGCCAGCCAUAGAUUCUUUUGGUUUUGAAACUGACCUUAGGACUCACACACAGGGCCAAGCAUUCUGCAUGUCCAUGUUCCAUCACUGGCAGAUCGUUCCAGGAGAUCCCUUGGACAAGACAAUCAUGAUCAGACCUUUGGAGCCCCAGCCCGCUCCACAUUUGGCCAGAGAGUUCAUGAUCAAGACACGAAGGAGAAAGGGUCUCAGCGAAGACGUCAGCAUCAACAAGUUCUUCGACGACCCUAUGUUGCUCGAGCUGGCACGUCAAGAUGUCAUGCUCUCUUAUCCUCUUUAAGCCACAUUCAUAUGUCUUGUACAGAUUCUCACCAUUACAUUUCUGAAAUGGCACAACA